AUGGCGGAGCUGGUGGAGGCGGUGCUGCGCUGCUGCCUGCAGUCGCCCGGCUGCUCGCCGCGCCAAUACGCCCACACGCUUCUCGUGUGCUCCCAGUUUUGUGACAUCGGCAUGUCUCCCGCAAUAUUGCGCGUUCUGCCUCCCUCCGUGCUGCUACCACGCAUUGAGCGCUGGAGCGACUCCAACCUGCACUUUCUGAGAAGCUGUGCUGCUGCUGGGAACAGCGAGGCCUUGUUCAUUCUCGGCAUGGUGGGUUCCACUCCCUGUCCCCUUCCCUCUUCGUCUCUUUAUCCGUUCCGUUCUUCUCUCUAUCCGUCCCUCCCUCUAUCUUCCUUAACCCCCUCCUCCUUUUCCCCCUCUCCCAUCCACCCCCUUUCCUCCCUUUCACCACUCCUUUCAACCGGCGUUUUCUUGCUCUCUUCGUCCCUGAUCUCUCUAUCCCUUUGCUUUCUCUCUCACUACUCACGUUAUAACUUCCCCUUUCUGUCUUCUUGUGUAACUAUGCACUUGCACUUGUGUUGA